GUCAGCAUCGCCGGCGCGCGUCCCUUCGUCACGUCAACCUCUUUCAGCUAACGCAUCUUUUACCUCGACAUCAUCUGCCAGAUCAACGUCGAGCAUUGAUCGAUUGCACCAAAGAAGGGGCCCUCUGCAUCAGGGUAGCUCAAGUUCCUUAGAAAUCGCGAUGUCAGCCUCUGCUGAUGAUCUUCAUUAUGAUCCCAACCGUAAUUCACGUCAGCUUUCUCCACGAGCGCCCUCAAGGCAUUCACCUAUAACUGAUGUAUUCCCUCAGAAUCAGCUUCAUCCCGACCAGCCUUUAUCACAAUCACAACAGCACCAGCAUCUUUCGCUUCACGUCUCUACACACUGCCAUCACCUACCGCCCCAUGGGACUCAUCUCAGCCAUUCCCCUGUAGAAGAUUACGGAGGACACCAACAACACUAUCGCCAUCCACAUCAACCUAGUGAAUCAAGGAGUAGACAAGGCUCACUUGGAUCCAACCAAAGUAAUGAAAUGUUUGAUAUCAACACAUUACCAAACUCAGCCUCAAGACCAAGGGAGCACCGACCUGUUCGUGAGCGGUCCUCGUCAUCUGUUCGAGGGGAUGAGACGUCACCCAAGGCUCGAAGUGCUUCUUCGAAAAACUCAUCGCCUAUCCAUUCGUCAGCGCCAUCUUCAUUAUCUGCAUCUGGAUCUGGUGCUGGCUAUCGUCAUCACUAUGGAUCAUCACCUUUAGUAGAGAGACAAGAUGCUAGCUAUACUAGUCUACCGCCUUCGAGCCGAGCCAGGAAUCGCGCCCAGAGUCGAGGCGAGCAGCAAAUUCUACAACGGCAACAAAGUGCCAUUGGUGUUGUUGGUGUUGCAAAUAAUAUCGCUAGCAACAAUAACAAUACUAAUGUUGACAAUCAUAGUCGACCUUAUCUUGAAAGAGAGCGAUCACGAUCAAACACAGGAAUGACCAUUUCAUCAACUUCCGCUACUUCGUCUGUCAACUCUAGCCCCGCGAUACCGCCCGCACCUACCACUCGUAGUCAUACCAGCCACAGUAAUAACAGCAGCACUUCCUCGCUCGUUACAUCAUCGACUAUCACGACUUCAAAGUCUUUGCGAUCAGGUAGAUCUGCUCCAACUACCCAAUAAUGAGACUAUUUUUUAUUUUAUUUUAUUUUAUUUUAUUCUUUGAGACAAUCAGCAUAAUGUUAUUUAUUCUGUCUCUGUCCUAUUUUUCAUGCAGCU